AUGUUUCUCGUAUUGGUGUUGAUUCUUGAUAGUAUUCUGCUGAUUUUCGGUGGUGAUGUUGAUGCACAACAAACAAUUACUGAGUAUCAACUACCGAUGGCUGCUGAAGCACAUGAAAUAUUGUACUUCCGAAAAACAUCAGAACUAUUGAUUACUCUACGUAUGCCCAGUACACUUGUGACAGUUAAAUUGGAUAAAAAUAAACGAAUAGUUGGGUCAAAAAGUUAUAAAUUAUUGAGUAACGAUUCAUUUCUACACGGCUUAGCAUUAUCAACUAUCUAUCGUCAUCAUGUUUGGGCAACAUUUGAAACUGCAAAUCAAAUAGCCUUGAUUAAUCCAAAAUGA